GCAUCCCGCAUCCAUCCUUCACCCCGGCCCGUCCCCAGCACCGCGCGCUGUGUCAGCUGCUCAAGGCAUCGCAGUAUACAGCCAUUGCGCGCCCCGCGCCCUCGCCAUGUGACGGGUACUCUACUCGCUGCGCCCUUCUCACUGCAAAUGACAGCUCAAACUCACCAUGUGCUGGCUGGCAUGAUGGCAGCGGCAGCGGCGGCGGCGGCGGCCGGACUGGCGUUUUGGUACGACUUCAAGAGCUGGCAAAAUUUUGGCACAGGCGGCACCCCCCCAACACUGCAAGGCUACCUGAAAAUCAGGCGCUGGGGGCUCUAUCUCCUCUACUCUCGCCAAAACCUCUUGGACGCCUCGCCACUCGCAGACUCGGGAGCGUCGUACAUCAGGCCAGACAGAGUGUCCAGCCGUCCGGGGCGUCGGCCCAAGCUCACGCGUUGGACUCUUCCCCAACGCCAAUUCCCAGAGACCAUCACCGCCGGUGCAUCUGCUGCGCUUCACAGUCUGAUGCAGGAACUUGCAAGCACUGCACCCUACUCGAGCUACAUGGAGGCUGCACCGAGCAAGACAGAGGGCGGCACUGGAACUGCUAUUUACGUGAAACAAGACGUCAAGACCAUCAACUCAGUCGCACACAAAAUCUUCUAUGAAGUCGCCCAUGUACACCCCGCUGAGAACUCGCUGCAUGUAUAUGUUAGUCCCAAAGAUGCAAAGCUGAUCAUGGAGCGGGGGUGGGGGCAGCGUUUCCCUGUGACAUGGAUUGCGCCGCCCAGUUGGAUCAUGGUAUAUGCGCCGCGAAACGAGCACGAAGUCCAAGUUGUUCGGGAAAUUGUUAGGGCUGCCAUGUGCUAUGCCGUGAGCAUGGACGUGGACGAAGAUGCGCAAUGAGAUAGCUGCUACAAAUCUACCCUCAC